UUUGAAUCCAGCGAUCCGAGUUCAAAUCUCGGUGGGACCUAGGAAAGUUCUCUUUUUUGUAAAUUUUCAAUAAUUUAUCUUUUAUACGAGUGUCGAUUUAAUAUAAUUACAAAUAUAUCUGUGUUGGAAUUUAUAGUUUAUAUAUAUGUACAAUGAGCUCUGUUGAAGUGUCAAGAUGUCUUGUUCAUCGUAUGAUUCAUAACCUAACAUUAAUGUGUUAAAGAUUUUCGAGAAUUAAAUUGACUACGAGUUUAAAGAAAUGGCUGGACAAUGUGACUCCGUGGUGGUUAUCAAGGCGAAAUCUGUUCGUAAGGUUUUCAAGGCUCCCAUGAGAGCCAGUAAAAUUCCUGAGACACUUUUGAACGAUCCUUUAUUGAAUUCUGCUAUAGCAGCUUUACCAUCGAAUUAUAAUUUUGAAAUACAUAAGACGAUAUGGAGGAUCAAGGAGGCCAAAGCAAAGCGAGUAGUUCUCCAAAUGCCAGAAGGUCUUCUAAUGUAUGCCACAACUAUAGCUGAUAUCAUCGAAGACUUUACUGAAGCAGAGACUGUUAUUAUGGCUGAUGUUACCUAUGGAGCCUGCUGUGUGGACGAUUACACUACACGAGCAUUAGACGCAGACUUUUUGAUUCACUAUGGACACUCGUGCCUUAUACCUGUAGAUCAGACUGCUGAUAUCAAAAUGCUCUAUGUGUUUGUGAACAUAAAAAUCGAUAUUGCACAUUGUGUGGCUUGUUUGCAAGCUACUUUGCCAGUCACCACAAAGUUAGCAUUAGUCAGUACAAUACAAUUUGCUACAACAGUACAAGCAGUAGCAUUAGAACUGAGGAGAGGAGGUUACGAAGUUUCAGUGCCACAGAGCAAGCCACUUAGUCCUGGAGAAAUUUUAGGGUGCACAGCUCCACAAGUUCGCUGCGCUGAUGCAGUAAUUUACAUAGGAGACGGCCGUUUUCAUUUGGAAGCUGCAAUGAUUGCCAAUCCUAAACUGAGGGCUUUUAAAUACGACCCAUACGCGAAAAAAUUGACUGAGGAAUUUUACGAUCACGAAAGGAUGUUGAAGACCAGAUACGAAGCGAUACAACGGGCCGCAAAGACUGACAAAUAUGCUUUAAUACUUGGCACUUUAGGCAGACAAGGAAAUCCUAAUGUAUUAAAAACCUUACAGAAUAGAAUUGAAGCCUUGGGAAAGGAAAAUGUCGUAAUACUGCUCUCGGAAAUAUUUCCGGAUAAGAUCAAGCUGUUCAAAGGCGUCGAUGCUUUUAUACAAAUUGCAUGUCCACGAUUGAGCAUCGACUGGGGCGUUGCAUUCGAGAAACCAUUUCUCACACCAUACGAAGGUGCUGUCGCCCUCAGAAUGACUGAUUUUGACAUGGAACGGCCGUAUCCUAUGGAUUUUUACGCUACCAUCAGUCUCGGGCCGUGGACCGCUAAUCAUAAGGAAUCUGAAUUAGAAAAGACAGAUGCUUGUUGUGGUAAAUGUAAAAUGGACAAAUAAAGCAAAAAAACGAAUAAACUUUAAAAUUCGCUGUCAUAAUUGUCAACCUCUAUUGAAUUAGAUUAAAAUUUUAUCUUCCUGUUCCACUAUUGCAUAAUUUGCGAAAAAAGCUUUUUAACAAAUUUAUCGUCAAAUGUAAAUUUAAGUAUGUGUAAGUUUGAACAGGUGUGCAUUCGAACACUAUCCAUAUUAAACCCCCGUCAUCCCCAAGUUGUUGAUAGCGGAGCGAUAAUGGGCAGAUAGGAGGGUCCGCGUGGGCGA